UGCUAGAAGAGACUUGAGACUCCGCUGUAAAGAUGGAACAGCAAGAGAAAGGGACUGGGCCCGAGGGGAACAACCUGCCCCUGCCAUCACCUGGGACUGAGCCCUGGCCCCCUGCACCUUUCCCAGCCUUGCCACCUUUCCCCCUGGGCACCCCAGAUCCAGCCCACCUGGGGCUCCCUGAGAGCUUGGCCUCUGUCACCGUCCCCAUCCGUCUGGAUGCCCUCUCCUACCUCCUGCACAGCGCCCUGCUGGGGGCCUACACCCUUCAACAGUCCUUGCCCUCCUGCCCCUGCACCUCCCAGGCAUCCUGCACCCAGCCAGGCACGGCCACAAGGCCAUCCAGGGGACGCGGGGGCUGGGGCGUCCAGCGCAGGCCAGGCUGGGGCCAGGGCCAGCAGCGAUGGCGACCUGGAAGGGCAGAGAUGGGCUGGCGGGGGGGGUCUGGGGCUGGCCCCAAGACUCCACCACCGAUGCCAGCAUCACCACCAAGGCUGCCUGGCCAGGAUAGGAAGAAGGAAGCCCGAGGUCAGGAGCCACCCCAGGACAUGCCGCCCGCUGCAGCCGAAGACUGGGAGGCAGAGUACUAGGACCCUGAAAGCUUCAGCUCCCCAGACUCCUGAGAGGGGCCCCCAGGGUUGCCAGGAGGAUUCUCCUGGAGCCUAGGCUGAUCUCAGCUAUGGCACAGACACCCAAAGAAACAUCCUGCUCCCAUGUCUCUUCUCCCAAAACCACAGCCUCAGGAAUGGGUCCUGCGAGUCACCCCAUGAAACUAUAGCUGACUUAGGGACCCACACCAGCAAAAGCCCUGAGGUUCAUAUCUGUGCCCAAAGCCGUGCCUCUCCCCAUUCCCACCACAUUUCCAACUAUGUGACAACCCCAACCCCAUCCCCACCUGCCUUUGUAACCCCAGUCCCAUCCCCACUCUCGAUACCAUAUCCCCAACCCCACUCUUUCCCAUUCUGUCCCCAUCUCCACCCUCAGUCCCAGCUCUGCAGCCUCCUUCUCUGCCUACCUCAGGCCAACUCAGUCCUCAUCCUUGGCUGCCUCCUAAACUUGACCCCAAACCCAGCCCAUCUUCCACUCCAGCCAACCCUGUCCCCCCCUCCUUCCAGUCCCAGCCCCCACUGUGACAUGCCCCAUGACCCACCUGCAAAGAACCCCAUUGGCCCAACAUACCCAGACACCUGCCGCCCCCUGCCCCGUUUCCUGCCCUUGGGGGUGGGGAGCCCUGGUUGAACAAUAAAUGGAUGACUGUC